CGUCCCGCCCCCUCCCCGUGCCUUUGGCUGGAUCCUCUUGCGUGGCCGAUGUGGGCUCCUGCCGGAAGCAGUCGUGGAGCAGCAGGUGGAGUCCGGAGCCGAGGUACAGCAACCAUGGCAGACCCAUCAGAGGUCACUCGGAUCCUUGUCACUGGAGGCUCUGGCUUGGUGGGGAAGGCCAUACAGAGAGUAGUGGCUGAUGGUGCUAGCCAGCCUGGAGAAGAGUGGAUAUUUGUCUCCUCUAAGGAUGCAGACUUGAUGGACACAGCCCAGACCCGAGCCCUGUUUGAGAAACAUCAACCUACACAUGUCAUCCAUUUGGCAGCCAUGGUGGGUGGCCUCUUCCGGAACAUCAAGUAUAACCUGGACUUCUGGAGAAAGAACAUUCAAAUCAACGACAAUGUCUUGCACUCAGCCUAUGAGGUGGGCACUCGGAAGGUGAUCUCCUGCCUCUCCACCUGUAUCUUCCCUGACAAGACCACUUACCCCAUCGAUGAGACCAUGAUUCACAAUGGACCCCCACACAACAGCAACUUCGGCUACUCCUAUGCUAAGCGCAUGAUCGACGUACAAAACAGGGCGUACUUCCAGCAGUACGGCUGCACCUUCACUGCCGUCAUCCCCACAAAUGUCUUUGGACCCCAUGACAACUUCAACAUUGAAGAUGGCCAUGUGCUUCCUGGCCUCAUCCACAAAGUCUACCUUGCGAAGCGCAGUGGCUCUGCUCUGACUGUGUGGGGCACUGGGAAGCCUCGAAGGCAAUUCAUCUAUUCCUUGGACCUGGCUCGCCUCUUCCUCUGGGUCCUUCGAGAAUACAAUGAGGUGGAGCCUAUCAUUCUAUCAGUGGGUGAAGAGGACGAGGUGUCCAUCAGGGAGGCAGCUGAGACCAUCGCAGAGGCCAUGUGUUUUCAAGGGGAGCUGAACUUUGAUACAACCAAGGCAGAUGGUCAGUUCAAGAAGACAGCCAGCAACAAGAAAUUGAGGACCUACCUUCCAGACUUCCAAUUUACGCCCUUCAAACAAGCUGUGAAGGAGACAUGUACCUGGUUUGAAAACAACUAUGAGCAAGCCCGGAAGUGAUCCCAGCACAGGGGAAGAGAGCACAAGUCACAGAAAGAUAGGGGGCCCUGGGAGGAGCUGGUGUAGAUGUCCUAUCUUCUCCAGGUCCAGGCCCUCAGUGUCCAUAAAGGCUGACUUAAGAAAGACUAGUGAGUCUUGAAUCUCAAUUGAGCAUCUGGCCCUGCCUUUGUUUCUGUCCCUGACCCAGUCACUGCAGUUAUUUCAAGGUGCACACAGGCUUCCCUAUCCCUGCCAGGCUGGUUCCUGAAAGUCCACCAUUGCUACCCUCAGGGAAAACUCCCAUGCUCAGAGCCUGGGAAAUCUGGCCCCCUUAUUAGUACUCACUACCUGGGUUGCCCUAUCCUUUCUGAUCAUUGAGAAUUCAAAUAAAAUACAUUUUUGCAGAAGGA